GCUGCUUCAGGAACCCUGCUCAGAAUGACACUGGGAAGGGAGGUGGCAUCUCCUCUUCAGGCUGUGUCUUCCUACACCGCCACUGGCAGGAACGUUCUAAGAUGGGACCUUUCUCCAGAGCAGAUAAAGACCAGGACAGAGGAGCUCAUCUCACAGACGAAGCAGGUGUACGACACCGUGGGGACAGUGGACCUAAAGGAAGUGACUUACGAGAACUGCUUGCAGAUGCUGGCUGACGUGGAAGUGAAAUACAUAGUGGAGAGAACCAUGCUGGACUUCCCUCAGCACGUGUCACCUGACAGAGAAGUGCGGGCUGCCAGCACAGAAGCAGACAAAAGGCUUUCUCGAUUUGACAUCGAGAUGAGCAUGAGAGAAGAUGUAUUUCAGAGAAUUGUCCGUUUACACGAAAUUUGCGACUUGGAGAAGAUAAAGCCUGAGGCCAGGCGAUACUUGGAAAAAUCAAUUAAAAUGGGGAAAAGGAAUGGUUUGCAUCUUUCAGAGCAAGUGAGAAAUGAAAUCAAAUCAAUGAAGAAAAGAAUGAGCGAGCUGUGCAUCGACUUCAACAAAAACCUCAACGAGGAUGAUACUUCCCUUGUAUUUUCCAAGGCUGAACUUGGUGCUCUUCCUGAUGACUUCAUUGACAGUUUAGAAAGAACAGAUGACGACGGGUACAAAGUUACCUUAAAGUACCCCCACUACUUUCCCGUCAUGAAGAAAUGCUGUGUCCCCGAAACACGAAGGAAGAUGGAGAUGGCUUUUCAUACACGGUGCAGACAGGAAAACACCGUAAUUCUGCAACAGCUCCUCCCACUGCGAGCACAAGUGGCCAGACUGCUGGGCUAUAACACCCAUGCUGACUUUGUCCUUGAACUGAACACUGCAAAGAGCACAAGCCGUGUGUCAGCCUUCCUAGAUGACUUAAGCCAGAAAUUAAAGCCCUUGGGUGAGGCAGAACGGGAGUUUAUUUUGAGCCUGAAGAAGAAGGAGUGUGAAGAGCGGGGUUUGGAAUACGACGGGAAAAUCAACGCAUGGGACCUACAUUACUACAUGACACAGACAGAGGAGCUCCAGUACUCGGUGGACCAGGAGUCCCUCAAGGAGUACUUCCCCAUCGAGGUGGUCACCGAGGGCUUGCUAAGCAUCUACCAGGAGUUGUUGGGACUUUCAUUUGAGCAAGUGGCCGAUGCUCAUGUGUGGAGUAAGAGCGUUUCACUUUACACUGUGAAGGAUAAAAGUACUGGAGAAGUGCUGGGACAGUUCUACCUGGACCUCUAUCCGAGGGAAGGAAAAUACAAUCAUGCAGCCUGCUUUGGCCUCCAGCCAGGCUGCCUUCUCCCCGAUGGCAGCCGGAUGAUGUCUGUGGCCGCCCUGGUGGUCAACUUCUCGCAGCCUGUAGCAGGCCGACCCUCUCUGCUGAGACACGACGAGGUGCGGACAUACUUCCAUGAGUUCGGUCACGUCAUGCAUCAGAUUUGCGCACAGACUGACUUUGCACGAUUUAGUGGAACAAAUGUGGAAACUGACUUUGUAGAGGUACCAUCGCAAAUGCUUGAAAACUGGGUGUGGGACACUGAUUCCCUCCGGAAAUUGUCAAAACAUUAUAAAGAUGGAAGCCCUAUCACAGAUGACGUGCUGGAGAAGCUCGUUGCUUCUAGGCUGGUCAACACAGGUCUCCUGACACUGCGCCAGAUUGUUUUGAGCAAAGUUGAUCAGUCUCUCCAUACCGAUGCGUCGCUGGAUGCCUCGAGUGAAUAUGCCAAAUACUGCGCAGAAAUUCUGGGAGUUGCAGCUACGCCAGGCACAAAUAUGCCAGCUACUUUUGGACAUUUGGCAGGAGGGUACGAUGGCCAAUAUUAUGGAUAUCUUUGGAGUGAAGUCUUUUCCAUGGACAUGUUUCACAGCUGUUUUAAAAAAAAAGGGAUCAUGAAUCCAGAGGUUGGAAUGAAAUACAGAAACCUAAUCCUGAAGCCUGGGGGGUCUCUGGACGGCAUGGACAUGCUCCAGAACUUCUUGCAACGUGAGCCAAACCAAAAAGCAUUUCUAAUGAGUCGAGGCCUGAGUGCUUCGUGAACCGGGGACCCUGAGAGCCGUGCGUGACUGGAGGAAGAGCCAACGCCGCCGUGUGCUGCUGGCCUGGAGACUGGAGGGAGUUUUACAAAUGAACAGUUAGAUUUCUAUUGAUUUGCUUUUGUUUUUUUAAUUUUAAGAAUUAUACAGAUGUAAAUGGAUUUAUAAAUACUGUGACCUAAGAAAAGACCCACUAAAAAUAAUUGUACUAUAAAAUUUCAUAAAAACAGAUUUGAUUUCUUUUGAUAAAAGUUUCAUAUGAAUAUAAUUUGAUUUUUUUACUAUUAUAAUCUAGAUAAUAUAAUGUAAGAGGGCUAAGAAUUUUUAAACUGAAUCACAUACAUGAUAUAAUUUGAUCCUUUUAUAUCUUGAAGUUUUAUACUUGAGAUUUCUGGGCUGAUAAAUGAAUCAUCACAUUCUCUCUGGUAAAUAUUUUCUCAGAGCCUUGGUCACCUUUGACCCUCUGCCUCACAGCUAAGUGAAACUUUUUGCCUUUGCCGGCAAGUGUCACGGCCAGUGGAAUACACCUCAGUCUUUUAUACAGUGGCUUCGUGAUUCUCAGCUUUCUAACUUAAUCAUGGUCCCCCACUUAGAUUUGGGUUGGGUUUUUGGUU